AGAGCAGAGGUCAGAGAUGCCUCUCCACUGCCCCUUGGGAAGCUGCAGUCUCCUGUUCCCCGGGUUGAACUGUCUUCAAAGAUAUCCUCUGCUGCCUGUGGUUAUGGAUUCACACUGCUGGCUUCUAGUACCACUGACAUCACCAAAGUGUGGGGCAUGGGGCUCAACAAGGAUUCUCAGCUUGGAUUCCAGAGAAGUAGAAGAGAUCAAACUAAGGGCUAUGAAUAUGUCUUGGAACCAUCUCCAAUUCCAUUACCGCUAGAGAAGCCACAGCAGACUCGAGUCUUGCAGGUGUCCUGUGGGAGAGCCCAUUCCCUGAUUCUGACAGAUAGUGAAGGAGUUUUCACAAUGGGAAACAAUUCUUAUGGACAGUGUGGCCGGAAGGUUGUUGAAGAUGAAAUUUACAGUGAAAGCCAUCUCAUUCAUCAGCUGAAGGAGUUUGACAGCAGAGUUGUCCAGGUCGUAUGUGGGCAGGACCACAGUCUGUUUAGAACCAAGAAAGGCACAGUCUAUGCAUGUGGAUGGGGAGCUGAUGGGCAAACAGGUCUUGGACACUACAAUAUCACCAGUGUUCCUACUAAGCUACGUGGUGACAUUGCUGGAGUAAACAUUAUCCAGGUCUCUUCCUGUGGGGACUGCUGUCUGGCUGUUUCAGAUGAAGGAGAUGUCUUUGGGUGGGGAAAUUCGGAGUACUUGCAGUUGGCAUCUGUCACAGAUACCACACAGGUGAAUGUGCCACGACAUUUGCCAUUCAAGAUUGGGAAGAUAAAGGAGGCUGCCUGUGGAGGGACUGGCAACGUUGUGCUAACAGAAGAAGGCAAUGUUUUUGUCUGGGGAUAUGGAAUUCUUGGGAAAGGACCGAACCUAACAGAGACCUCAGUGCCAGAGAUGAUCCCACCGAGCCUUUUCGGCUGGUCAGACUUCAGUUCGGACAUCUGUGUCGCUCAUGUUCGCUGUGGGCUCAGCCAGUUUGCGGCACUUACAAACAGAGGAGAGUUGUUUGUAUGGGGCAAGAAUCUAAGAGGAUGCCUAGGAACAGGAAGAAUGGAAGACCAGUAUUUCCCAUGGAGGGUGACUGUUCCCGGUGAGGUGAUGGAUGUGGCCUGUGGAGUAGAUCACAUGGUAAGCAUGGUCAAGUCUUUUAUCUAG